AUGGACAACGACGACAAGGAUCUCAACCUCGCUAUGAGGCUUCAACUCCGGGAUAUUGAUGUGUUUGAAGCUGCACAGAGGGGCAGAAAGGGGAAAGGGUGUCCCACCGACUAUGAAGUUGCCCUUGGCCUAAUGAGAGAAGAUAUAGCCGCCGAACUCAACUGGACUGAUUAUCGAAGUCGUAAUCUACGCAACAUGGACGCAGUUUCGGAAGAUCACCUAGCUAUCUCGGAAACAAAGAGUGAAGAUUCGGAGUCUUUUCAAAACCUGGGCUCCGUCUCCAUGACCGGAGGAAAACUAAGCUGCGAUUCAUGCUACGAAAACGUUGAUAAACUUGCGUGUACAUCACCAUGUGAACAUGGGUUCUGCCGUGACUGUGCCCGAAAACUAAUUCUUGGAGCCAUUCAAGAAGAGAUUCUCUACCCACCCCGCUGCUGCAACCAUGUUAUAUCACGCCAGGUUAUUUCUUCAGUACUUAGCUACGAACAGCUUCAAGAAUUCAACAACAAAGCGGUUGAAUACGAGUCAAAGCAGAAGCUCUAUUGUGCUGACCCAGUAUGUUCCUCAUUCAUUUCGUCUACUGAUAUCAAGGAUGAGCAUGGUACCUGCACGAGAUGUCAUCGAGAAACCCAUAUUCCAUGUCGUUCCCUCGCUCAUCCCAAGAAUAUGGAUUGCCCGAAGGAUACCGGCAUCCAACAACUUUUGAAAACAGCAGAGAAGGAGCGUUGGAAGCGAUGCUCGAAAUGUAGAAGAGUGGUAGAGCUUGCCCAGGGAUGCAACCAUAUCACUUGCCUGUGA